GAAUCUACUGUUAGUCUAGUAUUUAUAUCAGAGGGAAGAGUUACAGUUGAUGUAUGGUUAAAGUCGGUGUAGGAGAGGAAAUCAUGAAAAGCAAACCAAUGACAGCUGGCAUGUUGUCAUAGUUUAGCAUUGUGAGAUUUCCAUAUGGAAAAUGGAUAAUAAUGGAUUGCUACAUUAAACAAAUGUAGAGGUCGUAGACUCGCAGUUAAUCUAAGGUUGACGGAAGGUGGUUGAGACAAAGAAGCUGAGGAGGAGGAAGAGGACCACUGAAGAAGGAGAAGACACCACAGGAAAGAAACACUUUUAGGACGGUGGAGAGAGAGGGAGCAAGAGAAAGAGAGUGCCACAGCGAUUGCUAAAAACGAAGACAAAUUUUGGAUAAAAGACACAUAAUUACAAUAAAAGGAGAAUAAGAAGGUAGGUGAAGAUGAAGAGGAAGAGGAAAAAGAGGAGUCUGACUCCAGAAGAGAGAGAACCUUCACAGGAUAAAUGCUGCAAGAAGACAAAGAAGAAAGCCAAGAAUCAGAAUGUAGCACAGAAGACCAAGUACAAUAAAGAAAGUAAGAAGAGUGACACUGAGAAUAAAAAACUUAUCAGUGUAGGGAAGAAACACCCUGAAGAUGAGAAGAAGAAAAGAAAAAGGAUUAAAGAAGAUCAAGCAAAGAAGAAAAAGGAAAUGCUCUCAGAUGAGACCAGUAAACCUGAGAGCAAGAAGAGAAAGCAAGAUGAAAAAACUGAAAGCAGUAAGAAAACCGGCUUAGAAGAUCUUGAAAUUCUUCAGAGCAGCAAAAGAAGGAAGGAGCAGGACAAGAGGAAAAGACCAAGGAGCCCAGAAGAUCCGUUGGAAGGUAAGGGGAAAAACAUAUUACUUUAGUAUUCAUUUUCUGUUAUACCUACUUCUAAUUUUUUAAUAUAGAGUCAUUAUAGUUUCCACAAAUCCAUCCCUCUGCUUCGUUCAAGUCUAUAGAUUUUUAGAAGACUUAUAU